UUUGCGCGCAGCAUCCCGUCGCGUUAUCCCGUUGUGACAUUAAAAUCACGAUAAAAACGAUUUUAUACAAUGAUAAAAUCGUUUGAACGUAUUUAAAUUUUAACAAAAUGAUUAGAAAGCAAUCGGCGAUUGCUAUUGUCGGUUCUUUGUUAUAUAUUUUCGGCAUAUCGGGACAGCCUUUUCCAGUCGAAAAAAUUGCUGUUGGUGCAAUUUUCGAUCAAGACACCGAGGAGAUUCAAAAUGUGUUCAAGUAUGCAAUGGCAGUCCACAAUCAGAACAUCAGUACCCGCCGUCUUGAACUGCAAGCUUUUGUGGAUGUCAUCAAUACAGCCGAUGCCUUUAAGCUUUCAAGACUAAUUUGCACCCAGUUUGCCCGAGGUGUCUUCGCCAUGCUGGGCGCUGUCAACCCGGAAUCGUUUGAUACACUGCACUCGUACACAAACACUUUUCAAAUACCAUUCGUUACUCCAUGGUUCCCCGAGAAGGUUAUACCUCCAUCAUCCGGUUUAAUUGACCAUGCCGUGAGCAUGAGGCCCGACUACCACAAAGCAAUAGUUGACAUUAUUGUCCACUACGGAUGGACGGAAAUAAUGUAUGUGUACGACUCGCAUGAUGGUCUAUUGCGAUUGCAACAAUUGUAUCAAUCUAUGGAACCGGGGCGAGCCAAAUUCAAGAUAUCUCUAGUGAAGCGCAUUAACAACGCAGCAGAAGCCAUAGAUCUUCUUUUAGGCGUAGAAGAAAAUGACAGGUGGAGCAGUAAGCGAAUACUUCUAGACUGCAAUGCAAAAAAUACAAAGAGCAUCCUUGUGGAGCACGUGAGAAAGGUGGAACUGGGACGUCGAACCUAUCAUUACUUGCUCACUGGUUUGGUUAUGGACGAUCAAUGGGAGAAUGAGGUUACGGAAUAUGGGGCAGUGAAUAUAACCGGAUUCCGCAUCGUGGAUCAUGGCCGGCGGGUCGUGAAGGAAUUCAUUGAGGGUUUAAAGAGGAUGGAUCCACGCUUCAAGGGGACUAUAUCUGCUCAAACAGCGCUGAUGUACGACGGCGUUCAAGUUUUAAUGGACGCACUGGGACGUCUGUAUAGAAAGAAACCUGAUUCAUUUAGAGCCGCCUUGAGAAGAGCUGCAACAUUAGCCAACGCUACCAAAGUAAUAGAUUGCAAUCCUAGCAAAGGCUGGGUUGUUCCUUUCGAGCACGGAGACAAAAUUUCACGACUCAUCAAAAAGACGGAUAUCGAGGGCCUUACCGGAAAUAUAUCAUUCAAUGAAGAGGGACAUCGUUCUAAUUUCACUCUCCAAGUCGUUGAAAUGACUGUUCAGAGCGCAAUGGUUAAAGUUGCAACUUGGUCAGACAGAGGCGGUCUUACAAUGUUAUCACCGAAACUCACUGACCUAUACACACCGACUUCCUUCGACACAAAUAAAACCUACACCAUUACGACAAUCCUACAAGAGCCCUAUUUAAUGAUAACACCAAAAGAAUACGGACAAAGGGAGGAACCAUUCCAUGGAUUUUGUAAGGAUCUCGCUGAUUUUAUCUCGAAGAGACUGGGAAUAAAAUAUCAGAUAAAAAUAGUCGCCGAUGGUCAAUUCGGAAGCGAGACGCCCAAUGGUUGGACUGGUCUUGUUGGCGAAGUUCUAAAAAAGGAAGCUGAUUUCACUUUGGCUCCAUUAGCAAUAACACCUGAAAGAGAGAGAGUAGUGGAUUUUACCGAACCAUUUUUAUCCGUUGAAAAUCCGAUUAUACAGACAAAGACGGCUAAACAACUCGGCGAUACCUUUGGCUUUUUGCGGCCUUUAUCUAAGGAGAUAUGGCUCUGCGUCCUAUUCAGCUUUUUUGCAGUGAGCAUCGUUCUGUUUCUCGUAUCGAGGUUUUCACCACAUGAGUGGAAAUCUGUUUCGAUAUCAGACACACAGUUGGAUCAUCCUGUUAGCAGUACUAAUGAGAUAAUAUUGCACAACGAGUUUAGUAUCUGGAAUUCCUUCUGGUUCUCCUUGGGUUCAUUCAUGCAGCAGGGCAGUGACGUGGUUCCUAGAUCUCUAUCUGGACGUAUUGUGGGAACUGUCUGGUGGUUCUUCGCCCUGAUAUUAGUAUGCUCCUACACGGCCAAUUUAGCUGCAUACCUUAUCAUUGAGCGGAUCACGGAGCCCGCUCAAUUCCUCACCUAUAAUUCGAAGAUAAAUUUCGAAAGUCAAUUCCUUCCAAACAACGACUUUGUAAAGGAUCCGGAAGUGGCCAACGAUCCACCCUACACUAUUGACAGUCGAUAUGAAAGAUCAUGCCUAACGCCACCAAUCUGCCGAUACAAACACGUUGAUUUCGGUAUUGCGCUAACAAAAGGAUCUAGUAUCACGGAGUCACUGAACCUCGUCAUAGUCGAAUUAAAGAAUGAUGGAGUAAUCAUGAAGCUUUGGCAUAAAUGGUUGUUGUAUAUUAACAAACCCCUAUGUGAAAACAACAAUGAUAAGGAUUCGGAAAUAUCAGAGAUGUCACUAAGUCAAGUUGCGGGAAUAUUCUACGUUCUAGUCGGUGGGCUGGCUUUGGCACUUGGAGUCGCGUUAUUGGAGUUCUGCCACCAUGGACGUAGCGAGGCGAUUCGCAGUAACGUGUCUUUAGGCGCUGCACUGAAGGCUAAAACAAAGACGCCGUCGCGUACUGAGAGGAAGGCACCUCAAAGGUCCCGCGACCAGGACAGGCUUGGAUGGAAUGGCGCUGCAUUUGGUGGUUACUUCCCCGCUGGAAACCAGAUCUCCCAGGACGAUGCUGUACAUGCCAGUUUCACGCAUGUCUGAUCCGAGAAGAGCGGCGUUUCCAACCGCCGCCCGUCUGUCACCAAGCAGCCGAACAACAUCGACCUCUUUCAACUUUAAAGCCCUGAAUCAAACACUUAAAUCCAUAUUUAAUAAAUUAAGUUUAAGUUUAUAUAUUAUUAAUUAUAUAAACCGAUUUUGCGACUUUAUUUGUGAAACAUUUAAAAUUUACUUUUAAAACGGGUUGUCCUCAAAUGACACAAUUAGAGUACGUUGGUCCGUGUAAAAGAAAUUGAUAAAUAUUUGGUCUUUAAUAUAUCUUGGCAAAAACGAGAUAAAAAAUAUUAUUAAAUAAAAUAGUACAUUCGCUUUUAGUAUGUUCUUUAAUAUGUAGCGUGUAAUUUUUGUGACCGUUCGUAAAAAUAGUUUGUGGUAUGUAAGUCUUAGAUUUAGUGCAACUUUUAUCAAUAAAUAAUAGGCAGGUUGGCAUUCAAAAACGAGAUUUAGAGCCAAGUCUGUCUCCGGAGUACCUGUCAAAACAUGUUUUCGGUUUUGGCAUAACAAGUACAUACCGAAUUCAUAGAGCUAAGAGCUAAGUCUCAUUGAUGAAUACCACCCACCCUUAAAUACUUCUAGUAGAAUAUUGAACUUAUUUAAUUAGUCGUACUUGUCAUAAGGUCUGUAUAUCCUACCUUUUACGACUGGUUUCUGGAUAUAAAAACCAGUCGUAAAAUAUUUUGUGUUUAAUAUAUGUAAGCAAAACCAGAUAAAAAUUAUUAAUAAACAAAAUAGCUUUAAGUACGUUCUUAAAUAUGUAGCGUGUAAGUCUUGUGAGGGUUCGUAAAAAUAGUUUUGGUGUUUAAGUCUUAGAUAUAGUGUAAUAACUUUUAUCAAUAAAUAAUAGGCAGGUUGGAAUUUAAAAACGACAUUUAGAGCUAAUUCAGACUUCAAAGUACGUGUAAAACGUGUCUUCGGGUUUGUCAUAACAAGGACAUACUGAAGUCAUAGUUCGUGCUAAGUCUGAUGAAUCUCACCCUUAAAUACUUGUAGUAGAAUAUGUAUGUUAUUUAAUAAGUCGUACUUAGCAUAAGUUCUGUAUAUCCUACCUUUUACGACUGGUUUCUAGAUAUAAAAACCAGUCGUAAAAUAUUUUGUGUUUAAUUUAUCUUAGCAAAAACCAUUACGAUGUAAUAAUCGUGUAAAAGUCCCAAACACCUGGGCUACGUUAUUUUUUAAUUUAUAUUAUUUUUUUCGUAAACAGAUUUGCGACUUAAUGUCGAAUCUUUUAGAACUUGCUUUUAAACGUGGUUGUCCGUCCCUAAGUGACACCACAAGAGUUCGUCAUUGCUCCGGGAAAAAGAAAUUGUUAAAAAUGUUGUCUGUAAUUUAUCGAGGCAAAAACCAUUACGAUGUAAUAAUCGUGUAAAAGUCCCAAACACCUGGGCUACGUUAUCUUUUAAUUUAUAUUAUUUUUUUCGUAAACAGAUUUGCGAUUUAAUUUCCAAAUCUAUUAGAAUAUGCUUUUAAACGUGGUUGUCCGUCCCUAAGUGACACCACAAGAGUUCGUCAUUGCUCCGGAUAAAAGAAAUUGUUAAAAAUGUUGUCUGUAAUUUAUCGAGGCAAAAACCAUUACGAUGUAAUAAUCGUGUAAAAGUCCCAAACACCUGGGCUACGUUAUCUUUUAAUUUAUAUUAUUUUUUUCGUAAACAGAUUUGCGAUUUAAUUUCCAAAUCUAUUAGAAUUUGCUUUUAAACGUGGUUGUCCGUCCCUAAGUGACACCACAAGAGUUCGUGAUUGCUCCGGGUAAAAAAUUGUUUAAAAUGUUGUCUGUAAUUUAUCGAGGCAAAAACCAUUACGAUGUAAUAAUCGUGUAAAAGUCCCAAACACCUGGGCUACGUUAUCUUUUAAUUUAUAUUAUUUUUUUCGUAAACAGAUUUGCGACUUAAUGUCGAAUCUUUUAGAACUUGCUUUUAAACGUGGUUGUCCGUCCCUAAGUGACACCACAAGAGUUCGUCAUUGCUCCGGGAAAAGGAAAUUGUUAAAAAUGUUGUCUGUAAUUUAUCGAGGCAAAAACCAUUACGAUGUAAUAAUCGUGUAAAAGUCCCAAACACCUGGGCUACGUUAUUUUUUAAUUUAUAUUAUUUUUUUCGUAAACAGAUUUGCGAUUUAAUUUCCAAAUCUAUUAGAAUUUGCUUUUAAACGUGGUUGUCCGUCCCUAAGUGACACCACAAGAGUUCGUGAUUGCUCCGGGUAAAAAAUUGUUUAAAAUGUUGUCUGUAAUUUAUCGAGGCAAAAACCAUUACGAUGUAAUAAUCGUGUAAAAGUCCCAAACACCUGGGCUACGUUAUCUUUUAAUUUAUAUUAUUUUUUUCGUAAACAGAUUUGCGACUUAAUGUCGAAUCUUUUAGAACUUGCUUUUAAACGUGGUUGUCCGUCCCUAAGUGACACCACAAGAGUUCGUCAUUGCUCCGGGAAAAAGAAAUUGUUAAAAAUGUUGUCUGUAAUUUAUCGAGGCAAAAACCAUUACGAUGUAAUAAUCGUGUAAAAGUCCCAAACACCUGGGCUACGUUAUCUUUUAAUUUAUAUUAUUUUUUUCGUAAACAGAUUUGCGAUUUAAUUUCCAAAUCUA